UAAUGGAGCCGCUGAGUGGCAGGUGCUGACAGCUUCUGCAGUCCCAGUAACUGCUCCUUUUGGGGUCAUUUGCAAUUCUGUACCUCUAAAUGCCACAGCUCUCUGGGGGAAGGUUGCGCUGGAUACCGGGACUGCCUCGGAAGACCGUGACGCCAUGGGCAACGCGGAGAGCCAGAGCGUGGAGCACGCCUUCUACGGGGACAAGCAGCCGGGGCUGGGCCGCAAGCACACGUCGCGCUCGCUGCGCCUCUCCGGCAAGGCCUCGCGCCGCACGCGCCACGCCUCCUCGGGCAAGGUCAUCCACCGCAACUCCGAGGUGAGCACGCGCUCCAGCAGCACGCCCAGCAUCCCGCAGUCGCUGGCCGAGAACGGUCUGGAGCCCUUCGCCCCCGAGGCCAACCUGGAGGACUUCGGCAGCGCCAUGUGGGUGGAGCGCGUGGACAUGGGCCUGCGGCCCGUGUCCUACCACACGGACUCGUCGGUGACGCCCAGCGUGGACAGCAGCACGGUGCUGACGGCCGCCUCCGUGCACAGCGUGCCCGACUCGGAGGAGAGCCGGCUCUACGGGGACGAGCCGCCCUUCCUGGGCGAGGGCGAUGGCCGGGCGCUGCGCUACGCGGCCAACGGCAGCGCCUUCAUGGACGCGGCCAGCUUCAAGAAGAAGCGCUCCAAGUCGGCCGACAUCUGGCGCGAGGACAGCCUGGAGUUCUCGCUGUCCGACCUCAGCCAGGAGCACCUGACCAGCAACGAGGAGAUCCUGGGCCUGGCCGAGGAGAAGGACGCCGAGGCCGCGCAGGGCCCGGAGGCCGGCGGCAGCCCCCAGCCCCUGGCUGCCUGCCAGCGGGCCAACUCCAUGAGCGACCUGUAUUCCCCCAAAACCCCCGGCGCCGCCAUCAACGGCGGCCCCCGAAACGCCUUCGGAGGGUACUGCCGGAACCUGGUGUCCGACAUCCCGGAGCUCGGGAGCCAUAAGAUGGCAUCGGUGACCGCCGAGGACGCGCCUUCCUCCUACAGUAACUACAACACGCUGCCCUGCAGGAAAUCCCACUGCCUUUCCGAAGGGGCCACCAACCCCCAGAUGAGCCACAGCAGCAGCAUGCAAGGCAGAAGGGCGAAAACCACCCAGGACGUCAACGCGGGCGAGGGCAGCGAGUUCACCGACAGCGGCAUCGAGGGCGCAGCCACGGACACGGACCUGCUGUCACGGCGCUCCAACGCCACCACGGCCAGCUACUCGCCGCCCGCCGGCCGCGCCUUCAUCGGCAGCGACAGCGGCAGCAGCUCGGCGGGCGAUGGGCUGCGCCAGGGCGUCUACGAGAACUUCCGCCGCGAGCUGGAGAUGAGCACCACCAACAGCGAGCACCUGGAGGAGGCGGGCUCGGCCCUGAGCGACGAGCAGAGCAGCGGCACCCUCAGCUCCCCCGGCCAGUCCGACAUCCUGCUGAGCGCCGCGCAGGGCACCGUGCGCAAGGCCGGCGCCCUGGCCGUCAAAAACUUCCUGGUGCACAAGAAGAACAAGAAGGUGGAGUCGGCCACGCGCAGGAAGUGGAAGCACUACUGGGUGUCCCUGAAAGGCUGCACGUUGUUCUUCUAUGAGACUGAUGGCAGGUCUGGCAUUGACCACAACAGCAUCCCCAAACACGCUGUCUGGGUGGAGAACAGCAUCGUGCAAGCCGUGCCUGAGCACCCCAAGAAGGACUUUGUCUUCUGCCUCAGCAACUCCCUUGGGGACGCUUUCCUCUUCCAGACGUGCAGCCAGACGGAGCUGGAGAACUGGAUCACGGCGAUCCACUCGGCCUGCGCCACCGCCGUGGCGCGGCAGCACCACAAGGAGGACACGGUCAAGCUGCUCAAAACAGAGAUCAAAAAGCUGGAGCAGAAGAUAGACAUGGACGAGAAGAUGAAGAAAAUGGGUGAAAUGCAGCUGUCCUCUGUCACAGACUCCAAGAAGAAGAAGACCAUACUGGAUCAGAUCUUCGUGUGGGAGCAGAACCUGGAGCAGUUCCAGAUGGAUCUGUUCCGGUACCGCUGUUACCUGGCGAGCCUGCAGGGCGGGGAGCUGCCCAACCCCAAGCGCCUGCUGGCCUUUGCCAGCCGCCCCACCAAGGUGGCCAUGGGCCGCCUGGGCAUCUUCUCCGUGUCGUCCUUCCACGCGCUGGUGGCGGCUCGCACGGGGGAGUCGGGCGUGAGGAGAAGGACACAGGCCAUGUCCAGGUCUGCCAGCAAGCGGAGGAGCAGGUUUUCUUCCCUUUGGGGGCUGGACACUACCUCGAAGAAGAAGCAAGGGAGGCCGAGCAUUAACCAGGUGUUUGGAGAAGGAGUUGAUUCAGUGAAGAAGUCUCUCGAAGGGAUCUUUGAUGACACAGUCCCAGAUGGAAAGAGGGAGAAAGAAGUGGCCCUGAGCAGUGUCCACCAGCACAACCCCGACUGUGAUAUUUGGGUGCACGAGUACUUCACGCCCUCGUGGUUCUGCCUGCCCAACAACCAGCCUGCCCUGACAGUCAUCCGGCCUGGGGACACCUCCCGGGACGUGCUGGAGAUGAUCUGCAAGACACACCAGCUGGACUACUCCACUCACUACCUGCGCCUGAAGUUCCUCAUUGAGAACCAGAUCCAGUUCUAUGUACCAAAGCCAGAGGAGGAGAUCUAUGAGCUGCUAUACAAGGAAAUUGAAAUCUGUCAGAAAAUUACCCAGCACAUUCAGAUGGAGAAGUCUGAUGCAUCCUCUGAUAUUUAUGGUUUCUCUCUGUCCUCUGUGGAAGAGGAGGGGAUUCGCCGGCUCUACGUGAACAGCGUCAAGGAGACUGGCCUGGCUUUCAAGAAAGGCCUGAAAGCCGGGGAUGAGGUGGUGGAGAUCAACCAGAGAGCCGCAGAGGAGCUGGACUCAGCGCUGCUGAAGGACGCCCUGCUGCAGCCUGCGCUGUGCCUCACCGUGCGCACCCACCCCGAGCCGGAGGAGGGACAGAGGCUGAGCCAGCCACCCCCACGGCGCCCAGAGAACCCCUCAGAGCCCGGGGAUGGUGCCCUGGCCUUCUCUGGGGGCAGCCAAGGGCACUCCCUCUGCAGUGACCCCGACAGCUCGGCCGAGGCGGCCCCGGAGGAGGCAGAAGUGCAGGACCUGGAGUCGUUGGAUGAGGCCGAGAAGAUGAGCAAGAGCACAGAGCAGGUCGCAGCUUUCUGUCGCAGUCUGCAUGAAAUGAACCCCUCUGACUGCAGUGCUCCCCCCCAGGACUGUGCAGGGCCCCAGCUGAGCACCAUGAGGCAGCUCACAGACGCAGACAAGCUGAGGAAGGUCAUCUGUGAGCUCCUGGAGACUGAGCGUACCUACGUCAAGGACUUAAAUUGUCUGAUGGAGAGAUACCUGAAGCCUCUGCAGAAAGAAACCUUCCUCACGCCAGAUGAGCUGGAUGUUCUCUUUGGGAAUCUGACUGAAAUGGUAGCAUUCCAGGUAGAGUUCUUGAAAACUCUGGAAGACGGAGUAAGGCUGGUUCCAGACCUGGAAAAGCUUGAAAAAGUAGAGCAAUUUAAGAAAGUGUUGUUCUCCCUGGGUGGAUCCUUCCUGUACUACGCUGACAGGUUCAAGCUGUACAGUGCCUUCUGUGCCAGCCACACGAAAGUCCCCAAAGUCCUGGUGAAAGCCAAGACAGACACUGCUUUCAAGGCGUUCCUGGAUGCCCAGAACCCGCGCCGGCAGCACUCCUCCACCCUGGAGUCUUACCUCAUCAAACCCAUCCAGAGGAUACUCAAAUACCCCCUCCUGCUCAAGGAGCUCUUUGCUCUCACUGACGUGGAUAGUGAAGAACAUUAUCACCUUGAUGUGGCCAUCAAAACUAUGAACAAAGUUGCCAGCCACAUUAAUGAAAUGCAGAAAAUCCAUGAAGAAUAUGGGGCAGUGUUUGACCAACUCAUAGCAGAACAAACAGGGGAGAAAAAAGAGGUCGCCGACCUUUCCAUGGGGGACUUGCUCCUGCAUAACACAGUGAUAUGGCUGAACCCUCCUGCUUCCCUGGGCAAGUGGAAGAAGGAACCUGAGCUGGCAGCGUUCGUGUUCAAAACUGCCGUGGUCCUUGUGUACAAGGAUGGUUCCAAACAGAAGAAGAAACUCGGAGGAUCACACAGAGCCUCAAUCUACGAAGACUGGGAUCCGUUCCGGUUUCGCCACAUGAUCCCUUUGGAAGCGCUGCAGGUGCGGGCCCUGGCCAGUGCAGAUGCAGAGACCAAUUCUGUGUGUGAGAUUGUCCACGUCAAAUCUGAGUCUGAGGGCAGGCCAGAAAGGACAUUUCACCUCUGCUGUAGCUCUCCAGAACACAGGAAGGACUUUCUGAAGGCAGUGCACUCCAUCCUGCGGGACAAACACAGAAGACAGCUCCUUAAAACCGAAAGUUUGCCCUCAUCCCAGCAAUACGUUCCUUUUGGUGGAAAAAGAUUGUGUGCUCUAAAAGGUGCAAGGCCAGCCAUGAACAGGGCAGUGUCAGCCCCGAGCAAGUCUCUGGGGAGGAGGAGGCGGCGGCUGGCCCGAAACAGGUUUACCAUUGACUCGGAGGCCGUCCACAGCAGCAGCCCCGAGAAAGAGCCCGCGCAGCCCGCGCAGGGAGGGGACACUGACCGCUGGGUUGAGGAGCAGUUCGACGUGGCGCAGUACGAGGAGCAGGAGGACAUCAAGGAGACCGACAUCCUGAGCGACGACGACGACUUCUGCGAGGCGGCGCGCGGCGCGCAGCGGGAGCUGCGGGAGCGGCUGCAGGCCACGUCCCUGGCGGGCGGCCGGCGGCCCGAGCAGCGGCCCUGCCCGCCCGGGGACGCGCACGCCGCCAGGAUGGCCCAGCUGAGGAAGCAGGCGACCCUGCCCGGCGUCAACGGCGCCGCCGAGGGCCACGGCGAGGAGGUCAUCUGGGUACGGCGGGAGGACUUUGUGCCCGGCAGGAAGCUCAACACCGAGCUCUGAGCCGGCCCCCGCAGGUGUCCCCGGCCCCCGCAGGUGUCCCCGGCCCCCGCCGUCCCUCCCGGGGACCCCGCGGAUUGCACACUUGCACACACCAUUGCGGCAGCUCAAGCGGUCCGAAGCCGUGCGGCCACGCUUCAGGCGACUGACAAACGCUCCAAAACCAGGAACGAAACGAGCUCGAGGUCCUGUCUUACGUUAACCAAGGGCUUUCACACUAUUUUAUUUAUUCUGAAACAAUCAGGGGCUGAAAUGGAGUAACGGAAUCACUGGAAAACAAAUGACUCUGGAUGUCGUAACCUCUGUGCAGCGAAGGGGCUCCGGCAGGAGCGCGAGGACAGAGGGGCCGGUGGCCGUGAAAGCCGUCGGCCGUAGGCUCAUCUCCUUGGCGAGGAAACUGCCUUUUUAACCUGUACAGUCGCAGUAUUCUGACCCCCUUUCCCCCCUCUAAAUGUAAGAGAAUAUUCAUGUACUUUAGGAACGUGUGAGGAAAGGUUUGGGAUUUAUGUUGUGUUCAGUCCUCUUGGUCUGUGGCUGGUCUAAUUUAACGUCGAUGUCGGAAGCUCUAGUUUUACAUACUCUUGUAAAGAUGCCAAACUCUCUUAAAAGAGAUCCAAAUUUAACACUUGAAGAAAUAUUUUUUUGUAUUUUACCUGAGAUGCAGGGGCACAAAGAGGUAAGAGAUUUAGGGUAGCUCCACGUCUUGGAUACGAGGCUAGCUUUUUGCAGAGGGUUAGGAAUGGUGGUUUUAUAUUAAAAUAUGAACUGGAAACUCUUAUUUAGGUAUAACUUUCUUCAGGAAAAGGUUUAUUGUAUAUGUUUGAGACUGGAGUUUAGUUAGCUAAUAAAAAGAAUAAUAAAUAAAAUGACAUGGUUGAAUUGCAGUGGAGCAAAGGGAUCCGUGCUGUGCCCUUGCUGGAAACACAGAUCCCUUUGCUCCUCUCUCUCUGGCAGAGUUUGGGCUUAGGGAACAGGGAAUUCAUGGCCAAAAAACUGACCUCACCCACUCUCCUACCGUGGGUGAAACUAGUGUAUUUUAAUUCCUUUAUAAAAGCUUUUCCACUGCAAUAGAGGAUGAAAAAAGUUCUACACAAGUAAAACUUCUUUAACAUUUUAAAUCUUUUAUUUAAACAUCUAAAACAGGGUAAAACAUGACUAAAAUCUCGUGGUUUUUAAGUAGAGUUCCAAAUACAAAACACAAAAUAGCACUUUUUUUUUUUUAUUAGGUUUUCUAUAGCUUUCCCCAUUGCAGUCUCACCUAUAGGAAUAAAAAAAAAAAAAGGAAGAUUAUAUGAAAUUUUGUUCUGUUUUGUUGGUAUCUAUUGAUGUUUGACACAUCACUAGGUACUUUGAGAACCUGAAAUUUUAUAAUAGCCUUAGGAUUAUAUUUUAUAAAAUCCACUCUGACUAUAUUUUAAGACAUAACAAAAAUUAUCCCCACUCCCCCCUGAAACAUCCAUCACUGUCUGUGUGUCCCAGCUGGCAUCCUCCCCUCACCCCCUCCCUUCCCUGGUUUCUGGUGCACUAUACUUGACUUACAAAAGCUUUCUCUAGUUAACUUUUUGCUAUCUCCUGGUUUCUUUUCAUAAGAGCUUUAGAGGAGUUUCUACCCCCUUUGUAUGAUCACAUGGUUGUUUUUUGUAUCAUCACCUGUCGGUCGUGUCCCACGUGCUGGAGGGUUUGGCUGUCCUGGGCUGCUCCCAGGGUCGCAGUCGGCACUCGGAUACUGGAAGGCUGGUACUGGGAAGGUACCGUGGCUCUUGUACAUAAUGUCAUGACAUGUCUAUGUCAAAGGUUCUUAUAUAUUUCUUUUAUAAGCUGAAAGAAGGUCUAUUUUUAUGUUUUUAGUUCUAUGAAUGGAACGUUGUAAAUGCCUGUCAGAAAUAAAAUACUGG